CUGUUUAUAUAUCAAAUUUGUUUUGGGUUCGACGUCGAGUUACUAGCUUGAGGUCUCGUAUCGGAGGACAUUUGUCGGAGCCCGGGAGAGAUAACAUUUUGAGAAGGGUAUCUGAGGCGAGUUUCCAAUGGCAGCAGUUGCGCACUAUGAUAUGAGCGAUAUGUUGCUUGGACAAGAAGUUUCAUACAGCGGGUCCUAUUAUGGCGGUAAUGGUGUUCACGAUGGAGGUGGGGUGUCCACUUUCAAUCCCGAUAUCUCUAUUCUGGAAGGUUGUAGACAAUCUGCUAUUCUUCCAAGUAAUAGUAGUUCAAAUUUUUGUGCUCCUAGUCAGUGUUUUAAUCGCGGAGAAUUGUCUCCUCACGAAGGGAAGUUAUCAGUUACUUCGCUGGGCAUGCCAUUCACACCGGGAAGCGCUGCUCUGCUGAAAGACCAAAUCCCAAUUUGGUCUGAAUAUAAAAGUUCAAUUCUAGUAUCACCGCAGUUUCCUCCCACCUACGGUUCGGAGCGCGUAGGAAUGUACCAGCAACCGGGUGUACAGGAUUUGUCGAAUGGUGUCGCUCUUGCGGGCGACGCGAGUCAUCUACAACAGCUGCAUCAGUUAUCCGGCAACUAUCCACAAGUCUCGCAGCUACCACCUCAGCAGCUUUACCAGGUGCAGGGCUUCUCGCCUCCGUUACCAGAGAUCGAUCUUCAAAAUCUUCCGAGAACAUGGAGCCCACUCGCCGAUCUCGGUCCUCGGGCUCAUGUGAUGAAGAAAACGGCUGAGAAACGGAUUGGAGUACCUCGGACGAAGCUGUAUCGAGGCGUUCGUCAGCGGCACUGGGGAAAAUGGGUCGCAGAGAUCCGCCUGCCUCGAAAUAGGACCCGUCUUUGGUUAGGGACGUUCGAUACCGCCGAAGAAGCAGCUUUGGCCUACGAUGCCGCUGCAUACAAGCUUCGGGGAGAAUAUGCCAGACUCAACUUUCCUCGACAGCAGGAUGACAAGGGGGUUGCUGGUGUGGCUCAAACAACAGUAGGUGUGCCAUCCGCACUAUUCAAUAGAGGUUUCAGUUCCACCUUAGGUGCGAAGUUGAAGGAGAUCGCUUACCAGAAAGCACUUCAGGCGAACGUGGCCGGGGGCGACUCAUCUACAUGUCACCCUCCCACCCAGCCUGAAGAUAAAACUGGUUUGCGUGAACCAACUCAACAGGCAGCCUUUAGUGGGCAAGCUGAGAACCUCUCUGUCCCUAGUGUGAGUGGACUGGAGCACUUCAGUUUUAGAGAAAGUGGCUCCAGCACAUCAACAAGUCCAUGCCAGAGCCCCCCAGAAGCUUCAUCGGGUAGUGAGUCGAGGUAUGUAAGCUCUCCGGGCUCCGAUGCGACCGGCGAAUCAUCGGAGGAUCUGCUGUCCGGUUUCGAUCUCGACGGAUUACUUCUCGGCAGUGUUCCCAGCUCGGAAGAACAAGUUGAUUGGAGUUGGGACGUCUUUGGCCUCAAGGGUUGCCAAUCUAGUGCUGAAGCCAGUGUAGAUAGUGCUUCUUCUCCGUCUUCGUCUUCGUCUUCGUCUUCAUCAUCUUCGCUUGUUCAAGCUAAUAUUGCGCAGCAGCAGCAGCAACAGAAUGGAUCAGCUACUCAGUUCGUGACACCUUCCACCAUCAACAACAUUGCGGUAGAAUCGACCCCCAAGAAGCUAACCACCAUCACCACCCCGACACUCAGUCCUCGCAGGUUCAACGUAUGGAGAAGCUGUGAAUGAGAAACUGCGCAUCAUUGGCCGACAGUUUUGUUACCACUUUUGUGGAUACUGGAGCUUGAAGGCUUGUUCAUCAGGAGGAUGUGACCUUGACGCUGUUUUUUCCAAGUCAAGUCACUCGAAAAUAGGAAUUAGUUUCAGUUCUGAAGGUCUCUUACUGAAGUCGCGCAUUUUAGGUCGGCGAUAGUGAUCUUUCAGUUUACUGCUCUCAUUUCUUCUUUUAUUUUGAAAUGGAGCAACUUAGGAACAACUCAAGCUCUUCAAGUUGAUACAGUAGAUUCAUAGGUGGUGCAGACUGGUGGCCUGCCUCGGCGCCCUGCUCAUUCAUAUUUAUGUACAUUUCUGCUAUUAUUCGCGGAAUCUGUUGCUAGUCGACAGGAGUUUCGAGAUGACAUUGGCAGGAGUUCAACGGACGGAUUUCUACAUCGGAUUGUUAGAGUUACGACGAGAUUCUCCCUGGGGUUCUGCUCGACGGAGUGGGUUCUACAUCAAAUUUUACCUGGCCCAUUUUAGAGCGGUCAAGUAAUGACUAUUCUUUCGAAGUUGCUGCUAGAAGGAGGAGUUUCUGCAUCGGCUUCCGCCUGGCAUGUUUUAGGCUCUCAUGGGGCUGUCAGACGUUCGGCUUGUUAUGCUAAACGUUUUCCUUUUUGUUGCUUCUCGACGGAGGCGUCUCCACAUCGAGGUCUUAACAUCGGCAUGUUUUAGUGCUCUUUGGAGCUGUCGACUGUUCGACUCUCCACAAGAACGCAUCCGCUGGCAUGAUACUUAACUUGGGAGUUUCAUCAUCAGAUUCCGCCUGGCAAGUUUUAGGCUCCGUCUGGAGCUGUCGGGUGUGCAAUUCCUUUCAAAAUUAUCCUCUGUUCUGCUCCUCGUUGAUUUUUGGGACAGUACGUUUCUGAAGGUUGAAGGCUGGAAUGGAGCAACCUAGUGUUGGCGUUGGCGCUCAGCACUUCCGUAAUGACGAGCCUCAAUGGGAUGAUUCGUCUGCGAUGACUGAUAGGUGAUUCAGUGCCAUACUCGAUAGAUUUUCAAGCGUUGCGCGUGUUUGUUUGUUUAUGACUGGUUUUUGUUCAUGCUAGAGUCCAUCGAUCUUGCUGUUUACGGCUUGGGAGAGGAAGAAGCAUCGACCGUUUUGUUUGAAUAGUGUCGCUUUGUGAGUUAGAAACUUGAAGCGUCCUUCUGUAAGAAAUAAUUGCAGGUUCUUGUUGGUUUGCUUCUUUGAUUUUCGCAGAAUGAGGUUUUAUGCACACAAGUUUAGUUAUCAGCAAUUGUCCGAGGUGCUCGGAAAUGAUUUACCUCGACAUGACUGCAGCAUGUAAUCUUUUCUUGAUAUAUAAACGAAUGUUAUCUCAA